UAGGGUCCACAGUUAUCAAUAUCAGCUCUCCCUAAUUUGAAAAAUCUCACAGCAGUUUGGCAGAUUUUCAAGCCUAGUCUAGAGCUGAAGUGAUAUUUCCUGCAAUGGGAUGGUUGUUUUUAGCAGAAAUAUCGACUGCGUGUUAUGGAUGGAAACUUGAGAAUGACUCGAGGGAUUCUGGGGCGGCUCGGGAGCAAGUCAGUGAGCAGAAGAAGAAGAAUCAUUGUUGGCUUGAAAUCUGAUACUUGCAGUAGACAAGUUUUGUUGAGGUUGCUCCAGUUGGUCGUUGUGCGUGGGGACAGCGUGCUUGCAGUUCAUGUUCAGCAGCACCAAGAUGAUGCCUUUGAUGCCAAUACAUUCCACAUGUAUGAAGAUAUCUGCAAAUCAAAGCAGGUGGAUUUUGAAGUCAAGAUUUGUAGUGGAAGCUGCUAUAUAGCAGAGCUAGCACACCAAGUUAGAGUAACAUUUGCAACUAUCCUUGCUGUUGGAUGCAGCAGCGGCUGCAGCCCGGAAAGUACAACUGUUGCCAAAUGCCUGAAAGCUUUGCCUCCUACGUGCAAGCUUCUGAUAAUGGGCAGUGGAGGGAAAGUCAUAUUACAACAGAUGGGGACCUCACAGCAAGGAUCCAGCUCCAGAGUUUGUCGAACAUUUGUGUCGUCUUUAUCAGAAUCCAGCAGCUCCGAUCCACAUAUGUCCAGGCCUCAAGUCAGGAAAUCUUGGUCCAUGCCAUCCUCAUCAACAGCACCUUCAACUUCAGAGCAAUCCCAGAGUGGAAAUUUGUCUCCAACAUUGUUCCAAAGAUCGGUCAUUGUGGAAAUGAGAGGCCGUGACAGGUGCUUCACGUACAAAGAACUCAAGCAUGCUACGGGAAGUUUUGGUGCUGAUAUGUUGAUUGGGGAAGGUCCAAACAGUCGGCUCUAUAAGGGGGUUCUUGGAAACGGCCAGGCAGUGACAGUGAAGGUUCUCGGAGACUCGGGCUCCCAUGAGGCUGAAGAAGUUUUUCUUCGAGAAGAGGAGGUUUUGAGUGGCUUGAAUCAUGAAAACAUAGUUCAAAUCCUUGGAUAUUGUAACUGUAAAGAAAUGCGUGCAGUCGUUUACAGCUUAAGCGAUUCAAGCCUCAAGCAAAAGCUUGACCAGUUGAAAUGGUGUGAGAGAAUGCAAGUUGCACUUGGUGUGGCUAAGGCGUUGGAGUACCUUCAUUCAUGCCAUCCUUCGAUUAUACAUACUGAUAUCAACUCAUCAAAUAUCCUCCUUCAAGAAGAUGGAAGGCCACUACUGUCUGAUUUUGGAGCUGCAAUAGUCAAUCUGUCGUCAGCCAGUCGAUCCACUACAUACAGAAGGCCGGCUCAUGUAGUCGAGACGUUCAGAUACUUAGCCCCGGAGUACAUAAUGUAUGGCAAAGUUGAUGAGAAGGUAGAUGUGUAUGCUUAUGGGAUUUUGCUGUUGGAACUGAUAACUGGGAAAGAAGCUACUAGAACAAAUCAAGCAUCAAAUGAAGCAAGUCUAAUUCUUUGGGCAAGGUCUCUGCUGACAUGUGGUGUAUACGAACGCCUUAUUGAUCCCAGCCUAAACGAAGAGUACAAUGAUGAUGAGAUGAAAGCCAUGAUGAUCGUAGCACGCCUGUGUCUCUUGCAUUCGUCUUCUAGGAGGCCAACAAUGAAGAUGAUCCUAGAAUUCCUCGCAGAGCCAAAUCACGUGUUAGAUAUCCAGAAAAGGAGUGGGGAUCUUCUCGUGCAAAUGGAUCCCGGGAAUGAGAGGGACUUAAGCAGGCAUGCCCAGUAGGGUUCUGGUGAUGUAGCCUAUAGAUGAUGAACUCUAGUUUCUCUUUUCGAUUUCAAGUGCAUAUGUAUGAGUGUACUGAUUCAUUCAGUUUUUGUCGUACUAUGCUGUAUCUUCUGUUGUGUCGUGAAAUAUGAUGUCUGUUUUCUGUCGA